AUGGCUUCUGUCACUCAUCUACCCAGCAGAACCAACACAAAUCACAUCACAUUCUCACAAACCUUUCACACAACGAAGUCUCACCCUUUCGGCCAGGUUUCACUUCCCACGAGAAAAAAUGACUUGUCUCCUCUUAACCACUCAAUUGUGAUUUCGGGUUCCGCACUAGGAAUCACCACCACCAACCAUGCUAAUAAUGCUCCCACCAACACUGCAAGACCCGCACACACUACCUAUCUCUCCAAUUUUUGGAGAGAGGUUCAAGGGUGCAACAACUGGGAAAACCUUUUGGAUCCCUUGCACCCUCUUCUCCGCCAAGAGAUCAUUCGCUAUGGCGACUUUGUAACCGCCUCUUACAAGGCCUUUGAUCUUGACCCCACCUCCAAACGCUACUUGAACUGCAAGUAUGGGAAAAAGAGCAUGUUGAGUGAGGUGGGAAUGUCCAACUCUGGCUAUGACGUCACCAAGUACAUCUAUGCCACACCUGAAAUAAACCUUCCCAACAUGUCAAACUCUUCUUCUUUCUCUUCUUCCUCUGGUCGGUGGAUUGGUUACGUGGCUGUGUCGUCAGAUGAAGCUGUCAAGAGACUUGGAAGGAGAGACAUAUUGAUCACUUUCCGAGGAACAGUUACAAAUCAAGAAUGGAUUUCAAACCUGAUGAGUUCCUUGAGACCUGCCUUGCUUGAUCCUUAUAAUCCUCUACCUGAAGUGAAGGUGGAGUCAGGGUUUCUCUCUCUUUACACCUCAGAUGAAAGCCCUUCCAAGUUUGGACUCGAGAGUUGCAGGGAACAGCUUCUCUCUGAGGUGUCAAGGUUGAUGAACAAGUACAAAGGGGAGAACGAGAGCCUUAGCAUAUCCUUGGCUGGUCACAGCAUGGGGAGUGCCUUGGCCAUCUUGCUUGCCUAUGACAUAGCCGAGCUUGGAUUGAACAAAAGAAGUAACCAAAAAAGUUGUACUGAGGUACCAGUUACUGUAUUCUCCUUUGGGGGACCACGCGUUGGUAACUCCGAAUUCAAAAGCCGGUGUGAGGAGUUGGGUGUGAAGGUGCUAAGAAUAGCGAAUGUUAAUGACCCCAUCACGAAACUUCCAGGUGUCGUGUUCAACGAGAAUUUUAGGGUUUUGUUGGGAGGGAGGUACGAGUUCCCUUGGAGUUGCUCGUGUUAUGCUCAUGUGGGGGUUGAACUAAUGCUUGACUUCUUCAACGUGCAAAACCCUUCUUGCGUUCAUGACUUGGAUAGCUAUAUUGGCCUUCUUAGGCGUCCCAAUAAAGAUGAAGUGCUAAAGAACCAAAGGGUUGGAGUGAACCCUUUGUUGGAGAAGGCAAGAGAGUUGCUCUUGAGCUCGCAAACCAUGAAAGUUUUGCCCAGUGUGUUAACUGCAUGUAACUACCACGAUUUACUGAAUUCAGUCUCAAGGGACAUAGUGUGUUCUUGGAGCGAUGAAUUACUUUUUGGCCUGGUUCUUUUGUUGUUGUAA